AUGGCCAGCCUGAUCGCGAUUCUCGAUUUGAAGGGGAAGCCUCUAAUACAGCGCUCGUACAAAGACGACGUACCACCAUCGUAUAUCGAACGCUUCUUACCGCUUGUAUUAGACAUCGAAGAAGAGGGACAGCAAGUAACGCCAUGCUUCUCAAGUCAAGGCAUCAACUACAUGCAUAUCCGACACUCCAAUCUCUACAUCCUUGCUUUAUCGAAACGCAACUCAAAUGCUGCUGAGAUUAUCAUAUUCCUCCAUCGACUGACGCAGGUCUUGAUUGAAUACUUCAAGGAGCUUGAGGAAGAGUCUAUCAGAGAUAACUUUGUUAUUAUAUAUGAACUGAUGGAUGAGAUGAUGGACUUUGGGUUCCCGCAGACGACAGAGAGUAAGAUAUUGCAAGAGUACAUCACCCAGGAGUCACACAAGCUAGAGAUCCAAGCAAGGCCUCCGAUGGCUGUCACGAAUGCUGUUUCAUGGAGAACGGAGGGUAUAAGGUACCGGAAGAAUGAAGUGUUCCUGGACGUUAUUGAAAGCGUGAACCUCUUGGUCAAUUCGAACGGCAAUGUCGUCCGGUCAGAAAUAUUAGGCGCCGUCAAAAUGAAGUGUUACCUGUCUGGUAUGCCAGAACUACGACUCGGGCUGAACGACAAGGUCAUGUUUGAAAGCACUGGUAGAACUGCACGGGGCAAAGCUAUCGAAAUGGAGGACGUCAAGUUCCACCAAUGCGUCCGGCUAUCCAGGUUUGAAAAUGACCGUACGAUAUCGUUCAUACCUCCCGAUGGCGAAUUCGAACUUAUGUCUUACCGACUUUCGACGCCCGUCAAACCUCUUAUUUGGGUAGAAGCUGCCGUGGAGAGCCACAAAGGGAGCCGCGUGGAAUAUAUGGUGAAAUGCAAAGCGCAAUUCAAGCGCAGAAGCUCUGCGAAUAAUGUUGAGAUCUAUGUUCCUGUCCCGGAUGAUGCAGAUAGCCCGAAAUUCAGAGCAUCUACAGGCAGUGUGCAGUAUGCUCCUGAUAAGUCUGCAUUCGUCUGGAAGAUCAAGCAGCUUGGAGGUGGUCGGGAAUAUCUAAUGCGUGCUCAUUUUGGUCUCCCGAGUGUUAAAAGCGAACAAGACAUGGAGAAGCGUGCACCUAUCAGCGUGAAGUUUGAGAUCCCCUAUUUCACGGUGUCUGGCAUCCAAGUUCGCUAUCUGAAGAUUGUGGAAAAGAGCGGAUAUCAAGCCCUGCCUUGGGUCAGGUAUAUAACCCAGAAUGGCGAUGAUUAUAGCCUUCGAACUGCUCUUGAGAAAGGAAGUACGCCUAUUGUACAACAGAUGUGAACGCAUUAUAUUAUAUUCGGGGCAAUACCAGUACCACCGGCGCUCCAAUUGGGACCUUCUUCGUGAUUAUUUUUAAAUCGCAUCUCCCUUCUCUGAGUCGUCUCCUAGUCGGCCGUCACGCGUCCAGGACGCUUCAGGUUCCACUGUAUUCUACUCUGACAUAUAUGAUGCCUGGGAAGUGUAUUAUUAUUGCUUUUGAUAUGUGCUAAAGGAUAGGUAAGUAUCAGAACGGAUGGUGCAAGACUAUAACAACGAUUUGGGUGCAACGGGGUCAUCGAUAGGGAAGGAGGAACUUUUGAAAUGCCGAAAUUGGAUUCAUGAGUCGAGCGCCAUACUUAUGUCAAGCCGGCUUGACAUUUCUAUAGCGCCGAGUUGC